AUGUCUAGGCUCGCGCAUAGUCAUUUUGGCCAUCCUAAGAAAGCUUUGGAGGCUUACUUUGGCCUUUUGGAUGGCCAUGGAGGUAAGGGAGCUGCAGAAUUUGCUUCGAAAAAAAUGGGAGAGUACAUUGUAAACGAAGUGUUGUCGAGCAGCAAAGAAGGCUUCAAUGAUGUAGAUCGAGCUGUUUGGGAUGGAUACUUGAAAACUGAUUCAGAGUUCCUGAAGAAAGGAAUGGAUGGAGGGGCUUCCUGUGUCACUGCCUUGCUUAGAGGUGACAUUCUGAUAGUGUCCAAUGUUAGUGAUUGUCGUGCUGUAUUGUGUCGCUCUGGUAAAGUAGAGGCCCUUACAUCUGAUCUCUGCCCUUCUCGUGAAGAUGAAAGACAACAAAUUAAAACAUCUGCUUGCACUUGA